AUGGUUCUCCCGCAGAAACCCAUUUCUUAUAAGGAGAUGAAUGAGGCGAAGCUGGCGAGUUUUCGGCAUCUGGGUGUGGGCCAGCGGCUGACUGAGGCUGUUAAGGAGCUGGGUAUUCUGUUUCCUGCGGAGAUUCACUGUGCUGGGAUUCCUCCAAUCUUGAAAGGGAAGAGUUUGGUUCUCACUUCUCAUAAUGAGUCUGUUGGGUCUUUCACUCUUGGGGUCUUAACCUACUUGUUGCCUUUGAUUCAGCUCCUUACUGUGGUAAAGUUCCUUCUCAAACCUGUGAAGUCGAAGACUACAGUGGAGGAUGGUCAACUUGAGUCUAACGUUCAGGAAGAUGCAUCGGAUGCUUCAGUUGGCCUAUUGGUUACAACACCUGGUGAAGUGCUUCAGAAAAUAGAGGAGGGUAGCGUUGUCCCUAAUGAAAUCAGAUACUUGGUAUUCGAUGAGGUGGAUGAUAUAUUUAAUCAUGGCUUAGGUCCUGAGAUUCAGAAAUUCCUGAGUCCACUAAAGGAACAUGCAUCAAACUCUAAUGAUCAAAGUGUACAAACUAUUUUGGUUACUUCAAUGAUAACAAAGGUUCUACGUGAAGAUCUAUCUUCCCUUGUGGAGCAUCUUGAAAGUAGUCACGCAGAAGUUGCCGCGAUAACAGUUGAAAUAGACCAAACAGAAGCAUUUCAUCUCCUCGAGUCACCAGAAGCUCUAAAGAAAAAAGCUGAAGAGGUCGUCCACUCUCUUCAGCCAUCUUCAUGAGGAUCUCGUUGUAUUCAACUUUUUCGUAUGUUUAUGCCGAAGCAUCGAACCCAGUCGAACUUCCAUCAGUGACUUCAUUUCAUUUUUAUUCUUGCCGGGAGUCCAUUCUAGAGGGCUUCGCGAGUUGUAAUUUUUUUGCUUAUUCAGUUAGAUACUGACAUACCGAGAUUUAUACCUUUAGUUGGAUUUUAUCAUAGUAGCUGAAAUUUAUCAGGCCGGAAGUUGGAUAUUUGUUGAAUACAAACUAGUGUUCGCUUUUUGUACCCUUUGACGCAUUGUCACGAAUUGUACUGCAUAAGAGUGUUUUUACAGUACGGUACAAUUUGUCACGACAUAUAGACCAAUGUCGUUCCGAAAUAAAUUAAAUUUGUACA